AUGACGGCGCCCACGAUGGAGCAGAUGAACAAGGAGAUCGAGCAGAAGGUCAUCAAGCGCACCCUUCGGUCCAUCAUGACACUGAUGGACCUGGAGGAGGGCGAAGAAUUAGGCGGCGACGAUGACGCCAGCUCUACGCAGCCUGGCACACCCCCGCCGGCAGGAGGAUGCAACGAAACUGCAGGUGACUACAUUGACCCGAGUGUGCCUGCUGCUCCGGCUCCGGGAACUCCGGAGCUGGGUGAUGGACCUGGCCCCACCGAGGACUCAUUGGAAGCCGCAGGUGGUCGUAGUGCUCGCCCUCCGCCUUAUCAACAGGGAGAGGCACCCCCAUCCUCAUCCGACACCGAUAGACCCGAGAACAAAAAAUUGCGAGUCACUGGGCCACAAGAAGUAAGCCUAGGGGACGAGCUUACCGAUGCAAGCAUGGAAGAACCUCCCCUGCCUCCACCCAGUGGCCCUCCGCAUCCCUACACUCCCGUCAGAAAUGGUAGAGGACCAAGGCCGGUGCAGUCAGGGGCUGGCUGGAUGGAUGCCCUGCAGCAGAUCCACCAGAGUCUACAGGACCUCCACACUAAGGCUGAUACCAGCAAAAACUCGCAGGAUCGUGCGCACGCUGAACUCAUUGGACUUCGCGCGGAUCUGCACCAGCAGGAGGUUCGCACGGAGGCGCUGGAAGCCACCACUAAGGAACACACGCAGCUACACGAGGGUACUUUGCUCCGUGUGGCUGCCUUGGAACGCCAGUUUCAGAAUCUCCAGCAACAGGAACGCGAGCGGUCCCGCUCGCCUCCGCCAGCAGGGCGUGAUUUUUCCCGAGGCCGGUCGCCCUCCAUGACCAGGAGCCCCAGAGACGACCGCGAUCCGCUGGAGGACUUAGAACUUGUCAUUGGGGGCUGGAAUGAGGCCCGCAGAGGGGACGUCGAGCAUGAGGUCAAACAGAUCUUUCAGCGACUGAACAUGGAAGACAGACUCCAUGAGGUCAUAAUCCCGUAUGUUCGAGUAAAUGUUUGCCGUGUUGCUCUAAAGUUCCCACCUAACGCUCAAAACAUCCGAGCCCAGCGUGCCUUCCAGACACACACCCUCGACAAGCUUAAAGGAACUAAGUUCAUGUCCGGGAUCACAGGGAGCAAGAACAACGUGCUGUGGAUGACCAAGAACAGAACCCCUGAAGAUCGCAACAAGAUCCGCAGUCUCGUCCAGACGAAAGAAUUUUACAUUCAUGUCAAGUACGGGGACGGGCGCAAGCGUGAGACACCAGAGAUCGACUGGAGAGGCCGAGUCGUUGACUCGCCGACCAAGGACCCCAGCGAACACCGUUUCACGUUGCAACAUGGAAUGUUCGAGGAAAGAUGUGGUGAUGUGGAGUCGGGGAAGUGGGAGAACCGCGAAACCUGGGACAUGCAGGUAGUUGAAGAGUCUGACCGCCUCCUUGAUUCGGAUCAUCGCUUAGUCUCGUUGUGUGUAGGAGUGUGGAGAGGGCGCCGGAAGAGACAGCGACAACGCCGGUCCCAGUGCGGGAAGUGGCUGGUUGAUUACACAAAAGCAGUCCCCCUUCUCAAUGCGAUGGGAGAGAAAGCGGACCUCAACGCAGAAGACCUGUGCGAAUCUGACUUCCUGGACGUGUCCCGCCGCUCCUGUUUCAGGCCCCGCCGCUUUCGUUUUGUUGAUACGAGCGAAAUCAAGGGGUUGAUUAGGAUGCGAAAGAGCUCGUCCAACCCCGGUGAGAAGAGAGAACUGGGCCGAGAAAUAGUCCAAAAGCGCGCUGAUGCUAAGAAGAGCUGGCGCACGGAUCUCUUGGACCGCGCGGCGUCUGGGGGUUUUCAGGUCAUCAGCUACUUCAAGCGCAAGCAGAGCAUUUCCGCUUCCCAACUUGAGUACUGCCUCAGAGUGGGAGGGACAGGCCCCGCAGUCGGAGGCCUCCAAGCUUUCUACAGGCAGAAGUACGCUCCAGAUGAACCCGCGAAACUCACCUCUCCCAUGCACCUGUAUGAUGCAGCAGUAGGAUGCAACAUUCCGGGCCCGAGCCUCAUCACCAGGGAAGAAGUCGAGCACGUUCUCACUCUUACGAAGAGCGGGAAGAGUUGUGGCAACGAUGCCGCUCCGUAUGAGUUUUGGUCAGCAGCCAUUCAAUCUGAAGCCUGCGAGCAUCUGUUGGAGCUUCUUAACGACAUUCUACUUGAGAAUGUCGAAAUGCCGACCAACUGGAUGUUGUCUCAGGUCGUACUGCUCCCCAAAACUAAGGAGCCCUGUGAACCCAAGCAGUAUCGCCCCAUCGUGCUUGCAGCCACACUGAGCAAACUCUUCACCAAAGUGCUUUUGUUGCGCUUACGCUCUGUGUUCCCGCAUAUGGUUAGCGGACAGCUGUCUUCACAGGUUGGAGCCCAGGCUCUGGAUGGGCUAAUCACUCAGGCUGAAGUCGCUCUGUCCUUUGCGAAUGUGACGUGGAGGCAGCGCCUCAAGAGAGGGGUGCUCCAGGGGUCCGCAUACAGUGCGGAACUGUUCGCGCGAACCCUAGACCACUAUUUGACGCCCCUCCUGGAGGAAUGGGGACGCACCGAAGUCACAUGGGUCAGGGCGAGCGACGGCACUCCGUUGUUCGCGAUAAUUUUCGCAGACGACAUUUUACUGCUUGCCACAAGCACGGCGCAGCUCGUGCGAAUGUUGGGCUCCCUGCAGGACUGCCUCCAGGCGAUUGGCCUCCAUCUAGCUAGGCAGAAAUGCCAGCUCAUACGAUCACCAGACCUCCCCCCUGAGCCUGUCCAACCCAGAGGAUUUCCCGAACCCAUCAAGGAAGUGGACUCCUUCGUGUUCCUCGGCAUACUCGUGGGAUUUGCAGUAACGUGCCAAAUGACACUGGCUGCAAGGUUGCGAAUGGCUACAAACUCGUUUUUCGGGUACCUAGGCUUUUUGGCCCGAGCCAAAGGUUCUCUCACAAAGCGGCUGCACUUACUGGACUCCUUUAUGACCAGCAGGUGGCGGUGGCUUUCUGCUGCGGUGCGCCCUCUCUUCGCAGUUGCCAAACAGCUAAGGACCCUACAAACACAUUUCUUGGUGUCGAUGGCUCGCUUGGCCCACGAUCCAUUACAGACGUCGUGCGAGAAUUGGGUCGCUCGCCGUCGGGGCGCCAAGAUGGCGGCCCAAGCUUGUGGCCAUCGGCCAUGGGGCGCCAUUCAUCUUCGGUCCUUCAUGAAUUACUGGGGCCACGCGGCCCGCCUAGACCCUCACCUCAAGAGACCGAUACAGAUCGCGAUUCAGGUGCGCGACGAAGCCUGGCGGCGGGCAUUCCCCACAAUCCGUAGGAAGGUUGGACGGUGGCCUAAUACGGCCUAUAGUCUAACCCUGCUGUGGCGUAGGUGCCGACAUUCCGAGGACCCUGCAACGUGGGACCUGAUGGCCGCCAACAGGCAGCGCUGGCAGGAGUUCACGCUCGAGGUUUUUAGCAUUAAGAACCUACUCCCCGACUCCUUCUACCCGAACUUGCACCAGGUUGACCUCUGUCACAGAUGUCUUCUUCUCAGGACUGGGGACCGCUUCUGGCUCCUACCUCAAACCCAUCCCCCCAUCGACCCUCCGUACCAGUCGUCGUACCAGGUUGUGGAGAACUCAGAUUCGCAUGACGAAGUGGCAUGUUUUUGUGUUGCCUGCGAUGGCAGCAAAAAAGGCCGGAAGCUCGGAGGCGGGGUUGCUCUUAUCCCACCUUAUGGAGAAGUGCCACGGGACGUGGUAGUGUGCGGAUACCCGUUCCAAGGAGCGCCAGUAACGAAUGUUCGUGCUGAGCUCCUCGCGGCCAUUAAAGCAGUCGAGAAAUGUCUUCAGCUCCUGGACAGUUUCCCGAACAUACCUGUGCAGCUGAUCACGGACUCUGCUUACGUCCUCCAAGUUCUUGAAGGAGGGACAGUCGGUUUUGCGCAUGUUUCGCUACAGGCUGGACUUUGCAUGCUGUGGCACAGGUGUCGUGGCCGCGUUCAUGCCAAACACGUACACUCCCAUAAGGGGCAUGCUCUGAACGAAAUUGCGGACAAAGCCGCCAAAGAGGCUCUGGAUCACCCACAGACGCAUUACUUCAUGCGGCGAAUGGACUACUCCCGAGCCUACCUUCCCCUCGCUGACUCCCCAGGACCCCCGCCAGACUCUUUCUGGUAG